GCCCUCCUCCCCGAGCCGAGCGGAAGUGACGCGAGGCGUAGCGGAAGUCCCUGCAGCCGCGGUGUUGUGCUGUGGGCAAGGGAAAAGGAUUUGUAAACCCCGGAGCGAGGUUCUGCCCACCCGAGGCCGCUGCUGUGCGGAGAGCCCCGGGGGAAGCCACCAUCGCCAUGUCUGACCAGGAGGCAAAACCUUCAACUGAGGACUUGGGGGAUAAGAAGGAAGGAGAGUACAUUAAACUCAAAGUCAUUGGACAGGAUAGCAGUGAGAUUCAUUUCAAAGUGAAAAUGACAACACAUCUCAAGAAACUCAAAGAAUCAUACUGUCAAAGACAGGGCGUUCCAAUGAAUUCACUCAGGUUUCUCUUUGAAGGUCAGAGAAUUGCUGAUAAUCAUACUCCAAAAGAACUGGGAAUGGAGGAAGAAGAUGUGAUUGAAGUUUAUCAGGAACAAACAGGGGGUCAUUCAACGGUUUAGAUACUCUUUUUAUUUUUUUUUCUUUUCCCUUAAUCCUUUUUUAUUUUUAAAAAUAGUUCUUUUGUAAUGUGGUGUUCAAAAAAUGGAAUUGAAAACUGGCACCCCAUCUCUUUAAAACAUCUGGUAAUUUGAAUUCUAGUGCUAUCCAUUCUUGUUUUCAUUGUGCUGAUUUUUGGUGAUCAAGCCUCAGCCCCCUUCAUAGGGCCCUCUCUUUUUUAAGAUUCUGUGUGUACACAGAGAGGCCACCUUUUUCAGGACUGUGCGUUUUCAGGCUUGUGGUGAUUAUUAAGAAUGACUUUCCAAUUGGCCCUGAGAUCCUAACAGGUGAUUGCUUCACUCCUGGACUGUGACUUUCAGUGGGAGAUGGAAGUUCUUCAGAGGACGGAACUGUGGAAAAAUGACCUUUCCUUGACUCGAAGCUACUUCUAAAAAUCUGAGGGUCUGGACCAAAAGAAGAGGAAUAUCAGGUUGGUGUCAAGACGACAGAUUUGGUGAGAGAAAUGACUAACUCCAAAGAUGGCUUCACUGAAGAGAAAGCAUUUUAAUUAAGAUUAAAAAAAAAAAUCUUGUCAGAAGAUCCCAGAAAAGUUCUGAUUUUCAUAAGCAGUUAAUAAAAUUACUCAUGCAGAAGUGUACAACAGAACACUGCUCCUUUUGAUUUCAUUUGUACUUUUUGGCCUGGGAUAUGGGUUUUAAAUGGACAUUGUCUGUACCAGCUUCAUUAAAAUAAACGAUAUUUGUAAAAACCGUA